UCACCUAGUACCAUAGACCCGUCUUGCAGUGAAGAAUUUCUGCAUGUUUGAAUACGUUUCUGUAGCGAAAAAAAAGGAUCAGCGGUGAGGAAAAUGAGUUACAUUUAUAUCUGACAGUGUGUAAAAUCGAAACAGGAGAAACUGCUGUAUCCAAACAAAUUCCUUUUGUUAUGUGUUGUUUGGACUAUCAAAUAGAGAAGGAAAAAUCAAUAUCAGAAUAUCAACACUCCGAGGAACACAAAAUAUAAAGCAUGUCGUCAGUCAGCGUAACGGGCGAGGAAAACAUUUUAGAGCUACCAAUUCCUUCCUCCGGUAACGAAGUCGUGCUUCGCAGUAAAAAGCGUUCGUCAAAAACUAAAAGAAAAGAGCACCGUAAAGAACACAAAGCGAAGAGCAAAUCAUCGAGAAGUGAAAUGAGAGAAGCAAAAAUUGAAGGGAUUCCUGCCACCGGCACCGAAGUCGUGCUUCGAAGUAGAAAACGCUCCAAGGAGAAGAAACCCGAAAGGACACAUACACCGCCACCACCAGCUUUACCUGCCCCAGCUCCAACGCAACAAGUUAGACAGUUUAAACCGGUUGUGCGGCAGGACCCAUGGAGAUACCGGGUUGGCAUGUUCACCUUCCAUACCUUCCGAGCGAUGGAUCCAGCGAGGGGAUGUAUCUGCAUAAACCCUAUCAUACCCUGCAUUGGAACCUGCUCACGGAUCGAAGAUAUGAAGAUGGAGAAUUAUGAAAAUGCGAUGUAUCUGAAGGAUAUGAGCGACGAAGAGGAACAGAUGAUGUUCGGCGCAAGACGGGCUAUGGAUGUUCUGUUGACCAGAGCCUAUAAGUAUAACUGGAAGUAUCUUCGGCCGCUACAGGAUCCAACGUUCGACGAUGAGUCGGACGAUAUCUGUAGAAUGAUAGGAAACAUGGGUUUCAAUUAAAUGAAUCUCCAAGUAUUUUUAGAAAUGUACAGUAUUAUUUACCAUUUAUGGCCUAGAUUAUUUUUUAAAACUGACCUCAUUCUUGAUAAUGGUUCCUGAAGUCCUACAAACUAUUUAGUAUUACUAUUCCUCAAAAAUUUAAUGGAAGCACAUUAAAAUGUCGAUGGUUUGCAAAUCAUGCAUAUAUUUACUGUAAACGAAAUAGUUCAAAUAUAAUUGAUCACGUACAAAUUGUCACACAGCACACGCGUACGAGUCUGAA